AUGUCGUCCCCUUCGCCCUCUCUGCGGAAGAGAGGCGGAAAGAACGAGGCUUACACCGCAUUGCCUUCUGAUGAUGGCUCUCUGACUCCUGCGGCGCCGGUCAAAAAAAGUUCGGAAUGGGACUAUUGGCUGGCCAUACUCGUUCUGACUGUUUUGGCUUUCGCUACGCGCUUCUACCGUAUCGAUUUCCCCAACGAGGUCGUUUUCGAUGAGGUUCACUUUGGAAAGUUCGCUUCAUACUAUCUGCAACGCACCUACUUCUUCGAUGUCCACCCGCCAUUUGGAAAGCUGCUCUUCGCCGCUAUGGGCUGGCUGAUCGGCUUCGAUGGACACUUCCUCUUCGAGAAUAUUGGCGAUUCCUACAUCGAGAACAACGUGCCCUACAUCUGGCUGCGUGCUAUGCCCGCUACCCUCGGUGCCCUGACCAUUCCCGUCGUGUUCCUCAUUAUGUGGGAGUCCGGAUACUCUUUGCCUGCCUGUGUGUUGGCAGGCGGUCUUAUGGUUUUCGACAACGCUCACGUUGGUGAGGACCGUCUGAUCCUCUUGGAUGCCACUCUCGUGUUGUCUAUGGCUCUCAGCAUUCUCUGCUAUGUUCGAUUCUACAAGCUGCGUCACCAGCCGUUUGGUCGUAAGUGGUGGAAGUGGCUUUUGUUGACCGGCUUCUGCAUGAGCUGUGUCAUCUCCACUAAAUAUGUUGGUUUCUUCACUUUCGUUACUAUCGGUGCGGCUGUCCUCAUCGAUUUGUGGAAUCUCUUGGAUAUCAACCGCCAGCAGGGCGCACUCGACAUGAUCAGCUGGGGCAAGCACUUUGUUGCUCGCGCUGUUGGUCUCGUUGUCAUUCCCUUCUUGUUCUACCUGUUCUGGUUUCAGGUCCACUUCGCCAUCCUCACUCGCUCCGGCCCCGGCGACGAGUUCAUGACCCCCGAGUUCCAGGAGACCCUCAGCGACAACCAGAUGACUGCCCAGUCCGUUGGUAUCCAGUACUUUGACACCAUCACUAUGCGCCACAAGGAUACCAAGGUCUUCCUCCACAGCCACUGGGACAAGUACCCUCUCCGCUAUGACGAUGGCCGUAUUUCCAGCCAGGGCCAGCAGGUUACUGGAUACCCCCACAAUGAUACCAACAACCAGUGGCAGAUCCUCCCCGCCGUGCCUUUUGAGGCGACUGAGCCCCGCAGCGUCAGGAACGGCGAUAUCAUUCAGCUCCGUCACGUUGGCACCGAGUCCUACCUCCUCACCCACGAUGUUGCCUCCCCUUUUUACCCCACCAACCAGGAGUUCACCACCGUCCCGCAAGAACAGGCCGACGGCGACCGUCACAACGACACCUUGUUCGAGCUCAAGAUUGAGUCGGGCAAGACCGCUCAGGAGUUCCGUACCCUUGCCAGCUUGUUCAAGCUGAUUCACGUCCCGACUCGGGUUGCCUUGUGGACACACACCACCCCAUUGCCCGAAUGGGGUUACAAGCAAGCCGAGAUCAACGGUAACAAGAACAUCCUGCAGUCCAGCAACGCAUGGUACGCCGAGACCAUCGAGAACCUGGAGGAGGAUAGCCCUCGUCUGGUACGGGAGGAGCGCAAGGUCAAGACUUUGCCCUUCCUGCGCAAGUACUUCGAGCUCCAGGGUGCCAUGUUCCACCACAACAACGCCUUGACCAGCAGCCAUCCCUAUGCCACUGAGCCAUUCCAGUGGCCGUUCCUGCUGCGCGGUGUCAGCUUCUGGACCAAGAACGAGACCCGCGGCCAAAUCUACUUCCUGGGUAACCCCAUUGGAUGGUGGAUUGCUAGCAGUCUUCUGGCUGUGUUCGCUGGUAUUGUCGGUGCUGACCAGCUCUCCCUCCGCCGUGGUGUGGAUGCAUUGGAAGAAAUCUGGGGUCCUGGUACUCGCUCGCGUCUGUACAACAGCACCGGAUUUUUGUUCCUGUGCUGGGCUGCGCACUACUUCCCCUUCUGGUUGAUGGGUCGUCAGCGCUUCCUGCACCACUACUUGCCCUCCCACUUGGCCUCCACUAUGGUGUGUGGUGCACUGAUUGAAUUUAUUUUCAACCUGCAGCCGCUUGAUCCCCGCACUGCCCUGCCACCGGUCGAUGACCCCACUGGCAAGUCCAAGGCUCGGUCGGUCAGCAGCUUGCGCCGCUUCAUCACCGCCAAAGAGCGCAUGGGCUGCAAGUCGCUCGUUGCGGGCUGGAUUGCUACCCUUGUCAUCCUGGCCGCCACCAUCUGGGGCUUCAUCUUCUAUGCCCCUCUGACUUAUGGUACCCCUGGCCUUGACGUUGCCGGCGUGACCGCCCGCAAGUGGCUGAACUACGACCUGCACUUUGCCAAAUAA